AAACAGCUUGUGACUCGUCUUCUUGGGCAAAGAUCACUUUUGUCCAUUCCCAGCACGGAGUGGUACUCACACUCACUCGCUCGACCCGUCCUGAACAACACACGGUGCAGUAGAACAGUUGCAAGUUUAGUCGCAGAAAUUCCACGUAAUUCAACGGAGCAUUACUUUCUACGGAGAAAACAGACACGUCAAAUAUGGGUGACACUGCGGCCAAAAAAUACUCUCUUAAAGAGGUUGAAGCUCACAAGGACAAAAAAUCCUGUUGGAUAGUGAUCGCUGAUAAUGUUUAUGACGUGACUAAAUUUUUAGAAGAGCAUCCUGGAGGUGAGGAGGUAUUGUUGGAGCAAGCGGGUAAAGAUGCCACAGAGAAUUUUGAAGAUGUUGGACAUUCAACGGAUGCACGAACGAUGAUGAAGGAUUAUUUGGUUGGCGAAAUUAUUGACGAAGAAAAGACAAACACACCAGAAAAGCUUAAAAAGAAGUGGUCAGGAGAUUCCAACGAUCCUGAUAACUCGAGCUCGUGGAAGACAUGGUUGAUUCCAAUGGCGUUGGCUCUCGCGGCUUCGCUGAUUUUCCGAUUUUUCUUCAUUAGUAAAAAUUAAGGAAAGAUAAAUCAUGUAAUUACCUCCUCCAGUGUCAUUUGUGUAAUAGAAUUCUAAGAGACCUAAUUUUAACGGACUUAUAAAUUUAGUUCUUGUUAACUUGAUUAAAUGUUUUAAUGAAUAAUUUGAAUAAUCCUUUUCCGUAUUUUUGGUACUGUUGCGGAGCAUAAGUUUUCUGUUACUUGCACUGUUAAAAAAUGGGUUAUCUUACACUUGAUCAUAAAUUGCAAGUACGUUUAAGUCCACAUGAGUUUUACUAUUUUGUCGUUCAUCAACAUAUAGGUUAUCUGAUUGUAAUGCAACAUGUUGGGGCGAAAUUACUGGACAGUAGUAUUCAUUAUUUCCAUUUAUCAAUCCAUGUCUCUGCUAUGACUAUAGAAAAUGCACAAUACAAUAUGAUGGGACCAUUCCUAGUUUAAAAGAAAUCUGUGUAGAAAAGUAAUCCGGUGUGGUGCAUGCUAAAACUGAAAUUUCUGUAUUAAAAAAAACUUAGCAGGAAGAUUAUAAUAACUUUAAUCAGAGUAUAUCUAUGUCAAUCUGCAAACCUUCAAGUAUGUGAAUAAACCGUAUUAGCAAUAA